UUGAAAUUUUGGAAAUGGAAACUUUUAACAAUUGCCCCGGAUUUUGCCCGUCUUGCGGCUCUAUAUUGCCACCCCUGCAAGUAAAGGGCAACGUCAUUUGCCACAAUUGCCACCAGGAGUUCCUGCCCGACGUGUACGGCGGGGAGAAGACCGAGUACAGCAUACAAUUCAACACCUACGAUCCCAGCAAAGUCUUCAACAGGACGAAGCGCGAGUCCGAGUCUUCGGAGGCUGAUGGGCCCGUUGUGGAGCGCAAAUGCCCCAAAUGCGGCCACGAUAAGAUGUCUUAUGCCACCUUACAGCUGCGAUCGGCGGACGAGGGUCAGACAGUAUUCUUCACCUGUCUGAAGUGCAAAUACAAGGAAUCUGAGAAUUCUUAGAUGCUUACUAGAUUUGUACAUAGACAUGUAAUUAGUGGAAAUAAUUAUGUUCGACUGCCUGAAAAUAUAGGAAUACGCGUUUGUUAAGUGUGUAAAGACAC